GAGGUGGCUGCGAGUAUGUGUGAGCGACAAAACGAGACAGCACAACCCGUCUGACAGGUUGUAGGGUUUUAAUUGAUGGCAUGCUUGCUAAAAAUUGCAAUAUAUGCGGCAUUAACCUAUAUUCAACAAAAGAAUACAUAACGUUAUGGUUAUUGUAUCCUUUCUUUCCACUUAAACAUGUAUAAAUAGAGAUGCAAAUUUAGACCUUAUUUAGAGCGAGAGAAGGUAAAAGACGGGGAGGUGGACAGAUAAAAGCGAAGUAUGUGCAUAAGAUGAUUUCUGCUAGAAAAACUCCGGAAAAAAGUAAAUACCCGCUGCAUUUCCUGGUGUGGUACAACCGGCACCGUCAGCUGCAGAAGGAGCUGUCCACGGCGAAGCAGGUGGAUAUUGAAGCACUGGACCCCCGGGGUCGAACUCCUUUACACCUUGCUGUGACACUAGGACACGUGGAAUGUGCAUGUGUGCUGCUAAAACAUGGAGCAGAUGUAGGCAAAGAAAAUCGAAAUGGGUGGACAGUGCUCCAAGAAGCUGUCAGCACACGAGACCCUGAGAUGGUACGACUUGUCCUCCGUUACCGUGACUACCAAAGGGCUAUCAAGCGCCUGGCAGGCAUCCCUUUACUUCUGGACAAGCUGAAACAGGCUCAGGACUUCUAUGUGGAGAUGAAAUGGGAGUUCACCAGCUGGGUACCCCUGGUGUCAAAGAUUUGUCCCAGUGACACAUACCGAGUGUGGAAGAGUGGUCAGAACCUGAGAGUCGAUACCACAUUGCUGGGCUUUGAUCACAUGACAUGGCAGAGAGGCAACCGCAGCUUCAUCUUCCGUGGGCAGGACUCCUGUGCGGUAGUGAUGGAGGUGGAUCAUGACAGACAGCUGGUUUAUUCAGAGUCCCUGUCACUGCCUGAACAUGACCGAGAAGCCCUACUGAGUACUGUACAGCCUUCUGAUGAUCAAGUGACCAGUCGUCUGACUGCUGCAGUGGUCACUACCCAACUGGACACGAAGAACAUUUCAUUUGAGAGGAACAAGACUGGAAUACUUGGCUGGAGAAGUGAGAAAACAGAGCUGGUCAAUGGAUAUGAGACUAAGGUAUAUGGGGCCUCAAAUGUAGAACUUAUCACACGGACCCGAACAGAUCACCUCUCUGACCAGCACAAAAACAAAAUCAAAGGCAGUAAAACUCCAUUGCAGUCCUUCCUUGGCAUUGCCGAACAGCACAUUGGACCAAAUAAUGGAACACUGAUCACCCAGACAAGUAGCCACACUAAUCCUACAGCCAUCACCGCUGAAGAGUACUUCAAUCCCUCAUUCGAAUUGGGGACUCGGGACAUUGGCCAUCCAAUGGAACUCACUACGAAGACACAAAGGUUCAAAGCAAAACUGUGGCUCUGUGAGGAUCACCCUCUGUCACUGUGUGAGCAGGUGGCCCCUAUCAUUGACCUCAUGGCAAUUAGCAAUGCCCUCUUUGCAAAGCUGCAGGACUUCAUAACAUUACGGCUCCCUCCUGGGUUCCCAGUCAAGAUAGAAAUUCCAAUCUAUCAUAUCCUGAAUGCUCGUAUCACCUUUGGAAACCUCAAUGGCUGUGAUGAGGCCUCUAGCACUGUGCGUGCCAGCCCCAGUGGAGAAGCACCAUCCCCUGGCAGUGACUCUUCCAGUGUCAGCAGCUCCAGCUCAAUGACCUCAUGUCGUGGCUGUGAGAUCCCCGCUGGCCUGUUUGAGGUGCCCCGUGGGUACACAGUGAUAGGUAAUCACCGGGACAACCUGCGAGAGGAGGAGGAGGACGAUCUGCUACAGUUUGCCAUCCAACAGAGCCUUCUAGAAGCUGGGAGCGAGUAUGACCAGGUGACGAUCUGGGAGGCCCUGACCAACAGCAAGCCUGGCACACGCCCCCUGACCUGUGAUGGAACCCGGCUCGAAAGGUCCGCAGACCCCAAGUCACAGGUCACGACCCCAGUCAAGCCCCCAACCCAGUUUGACAAGCCCGGCUCUGCAAAGCUACAACGAGCAGCUGCGCCUGGCCAUGGAGCUCUCAGCCCGUGAGCAGGAGGAGGCAGAGCAGCGGCAGCGUCAGGAGCAGGAGGAGCUGGAGCGCAUCAUUCAGCUCUCUCUUAUGGAAAAGUAGCCAAGCUGGAAUGUGUGUGCAGGCGCGGCAGGGAGGGGGACAUAUUAGAUCACAGUGGACCAGCUCCCACCUACCUAGCAGCAAGACGCCAUUCCUUUGGGCGCCAGCCAAGCAUACUGACUCCAGGUGGCGGGAGCCACAUAAUAUCUGAGUGGAGAAAAGGACCCUGUGGCCUUACCGACACUGUCACCAGCGACUGGACAUCACCCUUGGUCUUCACUCCUUGAUAUCCUCACAUUCUUAGGGACCAGCGUGGGAUGCCCCAGCAGUGCCGCUAACAGCCGUAUUAUAGGUAUGAGUGGAAACCCAUCCACCCCACCCCACCAAUGCACAAGCGACAGAAGCACCAAAAAGGACCAAACCUAGGAAAUAUAUGUGAAGCCAAAUGGCUUAAAGAAUUCAACACAAAUCCUGCUCCUUGCCUCCACUCCACUGUGUGCUUCUGUUCAUUUACUUCCCAACCUUCUUCAGACAAAGAAGACAUUGAGCCAUAAAGCUCAGGUGCAGAGACACUAGUGUAAAAAAUAACAAAGCCUUAAGUUAAAACAAAAAAAAGUGGAAGCCUCACCCCAAAGUAUCAGAGAAGCUGUCCAAGUGUGGCCAUCAGUGUCUCCUACCAGGAGGACUUUGACAUCAAGGUGCUGAAUGCUUCAACUCCUAUGGCUCAGGACGUGCUCCCUUCCAGUCGUAACACAGAAUGCACUGCUGUAUCAUUCUGCCCUCCCCUCUAACGUCACACUGCUUUGACAAGCUGAGCCCUUAAUAGCCAUAGUAGUUUGUGCUCCACCAAUGGCAGCUGACACCACAUCAGCAAAAGGAAAACACUGCCAUCAUUGAUCCUGUGGACCUUAGUCCGGAGUGUCCCUGUGCCAUUACCAAAAGCACAUGGAAUCAAGAAUUGCCAAUCUCACAUUGUCCUCAUCCGCACAAACACAGACAUUUCAACAAAACUGAAAACUUCUAAGAAGGAAAAACAAGCUACACAAGGAUCAUGUCAUGUGUUAAGGCAACAUCUAUUUCUUGUCCUUACCCCCACCAUACUACACAUAAGAAAGAUGGAAGUUCAAGAAAGUUGAGGAUGUCCUAACGCUUAUGACUUUCAUUUUCCACCCAGAACACUGGAAGAAGCCUGGUCUUUCAUGAGAAUACACAGAGGUCUCUGAGCCUCAAGCAACCUCUGCUUUCAGAGUUUUCCAGUGAUGGUUGCACAGAAUGGCUAACAAAUUUUUCUCUCUGUUCCAAAGAUGAUGUGUGCGCUUCAGCCGCUCAAAAUAACAAGAGAUGUAUGGGGAUGUGAAACACGGGGUAAAAACUGGGACUGAGACCCUGGAGCUGUGUGUGAUGUGUGUCUUAAACUAUGGGUGGAGCUUUGGAAUGGGAGUAGCUAAUAAUUCAGUGCCACUAAUUUGCAGGUGGAGCUAACAGGGCUAGGGCUGAGAGAGGUGGCUGGUUUGAGAAAUAUGGGUGGCAUCAAAAUUAAUGGGAGGAGAAAUAAAGAUGGACAAAUGAAACUGGGGCAGAUGGGAGGGGUUUGAAUGGAAGGCAUGAAACUGGAGCUGUGAUUGGUGUAUCAACUAUGGGUGGAGCGGAACUGCUGACUACCGGCUGACAUGUGAAAUGUUGGUGGAAGGUGUCUAUGAGUGCUGACGUGUGGUAGAGCUUUGGUUAUGACUGAGAAUGGUGGAUGGACCCAAGAAAUAAUAGUGGGAUCAAGAGUAGCGGGUGGCAUGUUUGAUUUUGGACAAGUAGAGUUGUAGAAUUUCAGUAAGAUCAAGACAUAAGGUGGAGUCCAUAUUAAAUAUGGUUGUGGUUAAGAGCAGAGACUGGACCUAUUGAGAUUGUUCUGGGCGAUGCUUUCAAUGUGAUGGGCAGAGGUGUGGGCUAAAGGUUGACACCAGAAUCAGGAAUGGAUGGGUAAUGUGGGGGCCGAGUGGAAAUUGAUGUGAAUGACAGAUGUGGAGGUGAAAUUGUGAGUGAAGUAAUUAUGGCCUACACACUUCAUUUCAACAUUGCCACCCAUGACUAACCUGAACCCAGGUCCCUUCCAUGCUCAAAUCUGAUAUGCCUUAGUGCUGCAGCCCAGUGGACCUGCACAUCAGUGGCAUGGACAGUGCCUGCAAUAAGCUUUUGAGCACUUAUAUUUUGGUUGGUAGCAGAAUCCAGCCAUAACAAAACUGUGAGGUGGACCACAAGGGGUCAUGUGGCGGUUCGUAUUUGGCACACAAGGCGAUUUGGUCGUCUUCUUUUGAGACUGAAAAACACUGAGCCAUGAUUUCUUUCUACUGUUUAGUUUUCACUCUGCUAGCCCCAAUUGUGGCAGCAGUUUUUAAAUUGUUGUACUGAUUUGUGGCCACUAGGGGGCAUUAGUAUAGAAAUAGUCACCAAACUUUCUGAGGUGGUACAGAGUCAUGAAGGGGCCUUAAACCAAAGCCCCCUGUCCCCCAGCUACCAUGCUCUUAUUUUCCUUCAUACCUGCUAGUACUGUGGUUCAGCUGCUAAUCCUCAAGGCCUUUCUAGCAUAAACGUCCUAAGGAUCACGGGGGUAAUCGGUACCUCUGGAGUGCCACUGGACACCUGAGGUCAACAUUUGUUAAGAACCACUGCUGCUUCAUCCAGAGUGCAGAGGGUGCCAUUUGUUUUCCUUGGUAAGAUGUUGCAGGCCUGGGCACCUCCAGUCCACCAUAUCCCCUCUAAGUAGUGUAAGCUGGCUGACUGAAGUAUUGAAUUGCUGCUGGACGAGACAGUCCACUCAGAUUUUUAAAAUGCAUUUAUCACACAGGUUUGCACACUCUAAUCUCUAAAAAAGAAAAGCAAUAGCAGAUGCAAACAUCCAUUCAUUGUUUCCAUAAACCUACUCGUUUAAGUCGACACAGGGUAAGGAAGAUCGACCUGCUAAUCCAUCACAGGGCUCACUGUGUAAACCAGGGGUGCCCACACUUUUUUGGCUUGUGAGCUACUUUUAAAAUGACCAG